ACUAGAAUACUUUGGUACAGUUGGUAGGUACUCAUCACUUUUGCAAAUUACUACCAGCUGUGCCUCUACAGUUUCUGCCUUUCUAGGUUUUUCACUUCUCCUUCUUCAGCGCUUAAACUACAACGAUGAGCCGCCAUCCACAAGUGAAGUGGGCCCAGAGAUCAGAUGUGGUGUAUCUCACUGUGCAAUUACCUGAUGCUAAAAGUUCAAAGGUAAAUCUGGACCCUGAAGGAAUUUUUACCUUCUCUGCUACAGCUGGGCCGGAAAGCCAUGCAUACGAGUUGAAACUUGAGCUUUUUGAUAAAAUUAACGUUGAGGAGAGCAAAAUGAAUAUUGGCGUGAGAAAUAUCUUCUGCGUUUUGGAAAAAUCAGAGAAGAAAUGGUGGAAUAAAUUGUUGCGUGGAGAUGAGAAAGCACCACAUUACGUGAAAGUAGAUUGGGAUAAGUGGGUGGACGAAGAUGAUGACAAUGACACUGCUGCUCCUGGUGAUUUCGACAUGAAUUCGAUGGAUUUCUCGAAAUUCGGGGACAUGGGUGGCAUGGGACUUGGAGAUGAUGCAAUGGGGGAUGAUCUCGAUGACAGUGAUGAUGAAGAGGAAGAAGUCACAAAGCCUUCAGAGACGGCGGAGGGAGAACCUAAAGAACAAAACAGUAAGGUAGGAGGUGAAGCUGCAGAGGGAAAAGCAGAAGCAACGCCUAGCUCAUGAGUGCAUAAGUAGUGCUAAUUGCAAUUAUCUGUUAGCCUAAAUAUUUGCACUAUUAUAAGUUUGUACUUUCGGUUUUCUAAAAGUAGAUAGGGUUAUUGAGCAUUAAAGUUUCACGUGAGCGGACAUAUAUAAUUUUUAUCCACUUGAGUCAGGAACUAUGUUUCUGUGCUUGAGUUGUGGGGCUUGUACUAAUUGCUGAAGUUACUGAAAUGGUGUUUGGUCUGUUUAAAAUGUGGGAUUGGAAGAAUAGAAAACAGUA